AUGGCUCAGAGAGGAGCUCAGGUGGAGAAACUCUCCUGUUCCAUCUGUUUGGAUCUACUGAGGGAUCCCGUGACUAUUCCCUGUGGACACAGCUACUGCAUGACCUGCAUCAAAGACGUUUGGAAAGGAGAAGAUAAGCAGAGAAGCUGCAGCUGCCCUCAGUGUAGGAAGACCUUCGUUCGAAAGCCUACCUUAGAGAAAAACGUCACAUUAGCCGCUUUAGUUGAGGAUCUGAAGAAGACUAGACUCCAAGCUGCUCCAGCUGAUCACUGCUAUGCUGGACCUGAAGAUGUGGCCUGUGAUGCCUGCACUGGGAGGAAGAUGAAAGCUGUCAAGUCCUGUCUGGUCUGUUUAGUUUCUUAUUGUAAAAAUCACCUCCAGCCUCACUAUGAUGUCCCUGGACUGAAGAAGCACCAGCUGGUGGACCCCUCUAAGAAGCUCCAGGAGAACAUCUGCUCCCAUCACGAUGAGGUGAUGAAGAUCUUCUGUCGUACUGAUCAGCAGUGUAUCUGUUAUCUCUGCUCAAUGGAGGAACAUAAAGAGCAUGAAACAGUCCCAGCUGCAGCAGAAAGGACUGAGAAGCAGAAGGAGCUCCAGGAGAGACGACAACAAAUCCAGCAGAGAAUCCAGGACCAGGAGAAAGAUGUGAAGCUGCUUCAACAGGAGGUGGAGGCCAUCAAUGGCUCUGCUGAUAAAGCAAUGGAGGACAAUGAGAAGAUCUUCACUGAUCUGAUCCAUCAGAUCCAGAAAAGAAGCUUUGAUGUGACUCAGCAGAUCAGAUCCCAGCAGGAAACUGAAGUGAGUCGAGUCAAAGAGCUUCAGAAGAAGCUGGAGGAGGAGAUCACUGAGCUGAAGAGGAAAGAUGCUGAGCUGGAGAAGCUCUCAAUCACAGAGGAUCACACCCAGUUUCUCCAGAACUACCCCUCACUGUCAGCACUCAGUGAGUCUACACACUCAUCCAGCAUCAAUAUUCGUACUCUGAGAUACUUUGAGGAUGUGACAGCAGCUGUGUCAGAACUCAGAGACAAACUGCAGGACAUCCUGAGAGAAACAGAGACAAACAUCUCACAAGCGGUCAAUGAAGUGAAUGUCUUACUGUCAGAACCAGAACCAAAGACCAGAGCUGGAUUCCUAAAAUAUUCCAAAAAAAUCACUCUGGAUCCAAACACAGCAAACAAGAAACUGUUAUUGUCUGAGGGUAACAGAAAAGUAACAAGGAUGAAACAAAAGCAGUCUUAUCCUAAUCAUCCAGACAGAUUCAUGGAAUAUAAUCAGGUCCUCAGUAGAGAGAGUCUGACUGGACGCUGCUACUGGGAGGUGGAAUGGAAAGGAAAAGGUGUUGUUGUUGCAGUUUCAUACAAGAAUAUCAGCAGAUCAGGAUGGUCAGAUGAAUGUGAGUUUGGAUUCAAUGAGAAAUCAUGGUCAUUUGACUGCAGAGCUGACAGCUGCACAUUUUAUCACAACAGAGUUGAAACUCCAGUAUCAGGUCGGGUUUCCUCCAGAAUAGGAGUGUAUCUGGAUCACAGAGCAGGUGUUCUGUCUUUCUACAGCGUCUCUGAAACCAUGACUCUCCUCCAUAGAGUCCUCACCACAUUCACUGACCCUUUGUAUGCUGGGAUUUGGCUUUUCUAUGUUGAUGACUCUGCUGAAGUUCUUAAACUGAAAUAG